AUGUGGAAGCGUCCCUUGCGAGAUGUGGUGGUUCGUUGCCAUGUAGGCAACCUGCGAGUGUCUGGAGUGAUGACGCGCGAUGUCGUGGAGGACGUGUCGCGGCGGUGGGGGCUACCGCUCACCUCUGACGGUACGAAGCUCUGGGGUGAGUACAUGGCGGGCACUGCCAUGCUCAGCUCCCUUUUAAAGGGGGAGGAGCGCGUCAAGAUGAUGAUCAAGACACCCAACAUUCAGGAGCUCUACGUCGAGGCGAUGGCCGUCGGAGAGGUUCGAGGCAAAGUUGUUUACGUGGAUCAAUCACGUGCUGGGGUUCCGGAACAUGGAGGACACAUGCACGUUUCCAAGAUUCUGUAUGGCGCUGCGAAAUCAUACAACACGUCCAUUGAAGCAUCUGGGGUGCCUGAACUCGACUGGCAGAGGUUUUUCGACGUAUCAGAGCAGGUUCCGACUAUCGUGCGCAUGGAUAGUGAGUCCGACGAAGAUCAUACCCGCACCUGUGGUCUCAUUGUUCAGAUAAUGCCUCCAACGGUGGAACAUGGGCGACACUUUGAAUUAAACGACCUGGCAUUCGACAAACUCCCGUUUUGUGCCGCGGAGUUGAAGAAGAACACCGACCUGUUGGAGUAUCUGAAUGAACUGAUUUUGGGGGCUAACUUAACGGAUAAAGACUGCAAGCGUGUGCCACUGGAUUACCAUUGCCGCUGCUCCAAGGAUAACUACGCACAGCGUCUUAAGGACAUGGGACCCACCGAUCUCAAGCAAAUUGCAGCCAACGUUGGCAGCGCUGGCGUGGAUCUGACUUGUCAUUUUUGUAAUGAUGUACAUCACUUUUCUGCCGACGAGCUGGAUGGUUUGAUUGAAUCGAUGUCCGAAAUGAAGAAAUAGGCAGAUAUAUUGACACGGCUUUUGAAAGAUGAAUUUGACGAAGUCAUCUGUCUCGUUGUGUUGAUCUAGCCUUCU